AUGAUGCUAAAGCUAAUUCAAACUUUCAUCAUAAUCUGCGUAUUAGGAACAAGUGCAUCUAGAAAUUCUCUAAUAGAAAUUAAAAAGAUAUUAAAGGAAAUAAUUGCUAGAGACGCAGAAAAAAGUCGUGAAACUCACCAUUAUGAGCACAAAAUACAAAAAGACAAAGAUUUGUUAAAUUCAGAUGAUUAUCCAACUUUAAAUGUGUACUUUGAAAUGAAUGAUAAACAACGAGACCAGUUAAAACGAUUCGAUGAAAGAGAAACAGAGAAAACGUGUACAAGUGGCAGAUGUGGCUGUACGGGAACUAGAUGUGGUACUCCAAAGAAUAAAUUAGCUGACAAUUUUGACCGAAUCCUUUUAGAGCUACAACGUCAAAUCUAUUUAGAAAAAAAAUAUGCUAAGGAAAGUGAUCUUUCUAAAUACAUGAAUAACAAACAAUAUAAAGAGCGUGCGAGUGAAUGGAACGAAAACGAUGACCGGUAUGAUUAUUCAGAGGGUAUUGUAGAUUCAAAAGACAUUGAAAAUUACGAUUCUGGUUUUCAAGAUAUGACAAGAGAUGAUUAUUUUAUUCCUUAUGAUGACAGAUUGAAACAAGACGUAAUGCAAAGUUAUUGGCCACAAGCGCAACCCCCAGAUGUUCGUUUAAAUGGUUUCUCACCCCAAUGGUAUGUGAAUGAGAUUCCAUUGUAUACCAACAGCGUUCCCAGGUCUCAAAAUCGGGUUUUGCCUCUAACAAACCGACAAAGAGGAAGAUUAUUGAAUAAAUUAAGAGUUGAGCCACUUCAAAGAUUGAUUGGAAGAAGAAAAUCUAAUACAAAUGCUCAGUUAGGUGUACCAUUUGAAAUGGACGUUCAAGGAUUAGGCCAGUUAAAUCCAUAU